AUGGACUUCCCACAGAGCUCUGUCUAUGGCCUCCCAGGUCGUGUGGAGUGGCGCGAUCACUGUGUACUAAGUGAACUCUUUCUUUAUAUUUGUGCUUCCCUUUUACAUUUGCUCCCAUUUUCAAAUGUUCUUUUUUUCCCUUUCAUUUCUGUCCUUUCAUUUUUCCUUUCUCUCCCUUCUUUUUCCUUCCUGCACCCCUUUACCUUUCCUUUACUGCCUUCUUUCACUUUCCUUUACACUCUCUUUCCCUUUCCCUUCUGUCUUCAUUUCCUUUCUUUUCUUUUCUGUUUUCCUUUUUCUAUCCUCCCUGACCUUCUUUUACUUUCCUUUCUGUCCCCCACCUUUCCUUACCGUUUUGUCCUCUUUCUAUUUCCGUUCUGGUUCCUUUCCUUUCCUUUCCUUCCUUCUUUCCCUUUCCUUUUUGUACUCCUUUCCCUUUUCACUCUGUCCUCCUUUCCUUUUCCUCUCUGUCCACCUUUCCUUUUCCUCUCUGUCUUCCUUUCCCUUUCCUCUGUCCUCCUUUCCUUUCCUUUUCCUCUCUGUACUACUUUCCCUUUCCUCUCUGUCCACCUUUCCUUUUCCUUUUUGACCUCCUUUCCCUUUCAUUUCUGUCCUCCUUUCCCUUUCCUUUCUGUCCUCCUUUACUCUUCCUCUCAGCGCUCCUUUCCCUUUCCUCUGUCCUCCUUUCCUUUCCUUUUCCUCUCUGUACUCCUUUCCCUUUACUUUCUGUCCUCAUUUGCUUUUCCUCUCUGUACUCCUUUCCUUUUCCUCUCUGUACUCCUUUCCUUUUCCUCUCUGUACUCCUUUCCUUUUCCUCUCUGUACUCCUUUCCUUUCCUCUCUGUCCUCCUUUCCUUUUCCUCUCUGUACUCCUUUGCUUUUCCUCUCUGUCCCCCUUUGCUUUUCCUCUCUGUGCGCAUUUUCCUUUCUUCAGUGCUCCUUUCCCUUUCCUUUCUGUACUCCUUUCCCUUUCCUUUCUUUUCUUUUCCUUUCCUUUCCUUUCCAUUCCUUUCUUUUUAUUUCCUCUCUGUCCUUCUUUCUCUUUCCUUUUUCUCCUCCUUCCCCUUACGAAUUUGUUCUUCUUUCCCAUUUUUUUUUCAGUUUGCCCUUUUCUUAUUUCUUAUUUAUUUAUUUCUCUCGACCACGACACAUUUAG